AAAUACCACAUCUUCUACGGAAACUCACCAACAAGAUGGCCACAAUUCAGAUAUCGGCGACUCUGCCGACUCUGCCUUCGGACUGGUCUGCCGACAAGGACUUCAAAGCGACUGGAAGCGUCUCUGCCCCAACUCAGCGAGCUCUCGAGCCUGUUGGUCCAUACUACCUCGCCCACGCUCGCAGAAAGAGGCACCGCCGCACCUUUUCUGAGGAUGAGAAAAUCCAAGCCGCCGAAAACGUCAAGAAGGUCGAAGUGGAGGACAACGAUGAGUUUGAAGAGUUCGAGGACCCGAUGAUGCUCCAGCGCGAGGCAAAGGAUUGGAAACAGCAGGAUCACUACGCCGUGCUCGGUCUGCAGAAAUACCGAUGGAGAGCGACAGAGGACCAGAUCAAGCGUGCCCACCGCAAAAAGGUGCUGAAGCAUCACCCGGACAAGAGGGCCGCUCUGGGCAAGGACGAGAAUGACAGCUUUUUCAAGUGCAUCCAGCGUGCUACUGAAGUCUUGCAAGAUCCCGUCAAGCGCCGCCAAUUCGACAGUGUCGAUGAGGCCGCCGAGAGGGAACCACCGAGCAAGAAGGACGUGCAGAAGAAGCCUGGCAACUUCUACAAGCUUUGGAGACCCGUGUUCGAGGCGGAAGCCCGCUUCUCCAGGAAGCAGCCUGUGCCAGGUCUGGGUGACGAGAACAGCAGCAAAGAGCAUGUCGAGAACUUCUACAACUUCUGGUACGCCUUCGACUCAUGGCGAUCAUUCGAGUACAAGGACGAGGAUGUGCCCGAUGACAAUGAGAGCCGUGAUCAGAAGCGUCACGUCGAGCGCAAGAACAACAACGCCCGCAAGAAGCGCAAGAACGAGGAUGUCGUUCGUCUCCGCCAGCUUGUGGAUGAUGCCCUUGGCAUGGACGAGCGUAUCAAGAAGUUCCGUCAAGAAGGCAACAAGGAGAAGAACAAGAAGAAGGCCGACAAGGAAGCCGCCGAGAAGGCUGCCAAGGAGGCUGCUAUCCGUGAGAAGGAGGAGGCGGCGAAGGCUGCUGCUGAGAAGGCUGCCGCUGAGAAGGCCGGCAAGGAGGAGGCCAAGAAGGGCAAGGAGGCCGCGAAGAACGCGGCGAAGAAGAACAAGCGUGUCAUUCGUGGUGCUACCAAGGAUGCCAACUACUUUGCUGAUGGCGAGGCCAAUGCUGCCCAGAUCGAUGGAGCAUUGAACGACACCGAUGCGAUCAUCCUCAAGUUGGACAACGAGGAGGUUGCGGACUUUUCGGCGAAGCUGCAGGGCAAGACGGACAAGGCUGCUAUAAAGACGGUGUUCGUUGAGGAGGUGCAGCGUUUGGUGGGUGCUGGUAAGGCAAAGGACGGCGAGUUCAAGACUUUGGCUUAG